GCAAGGCAGUGGCCUGAGGCUCAGGGCCCCCCAGCCCCUCCCUCCCACCCAGCCAGUGUCCCCUCCCAGCCCCCGAGCUGGACCGCACACCUUGGGACGCGGUCUUCCACUUCCUAAGGACGAGCCCCAGACUGGAGGAGCGGUCUGAGGAGGUGGGCGUUGGACUCUUUGCGAGGACCCCGGCGGCGGGCCCGGGGGAGGUGGCCGAGGCGGCGGCGGCGGCCGGGGGCGACAUGGCUGAGGAGCAGGACCUGUCCGAGGUGGAGCUGAGCCCCGUGGGCUCCGAGGAGCCCCGCUGCCUGUCCCCGGGGAGUGCGCCCUCGCUGGGGCCCGACGGCGGCGGCGGCGGCUCGGGCCUGCGAGCCAGCCCGGGACCCGGUGAGCUGGGCAAAGUCAAGAAGGAGCAGCAGGACGGCGAGGCGGACGAUGACAAGUUCCCCGUGUGCAUCCGCGAGGCCGUCAGCCAGGUGCUCAGCGGCUACGACUGGACGCUGGUGCCCAUGCCCGUGCGCGUCAACGGCGCCAGCAAGAGCAAGCCGCACGUCAAGCGGCCCAUGAACGCCUUCAUGGUGUGGGCGCAGGCGGCGCGCAGGAAGCUCGCCGACCAGUACCCGCACCUGCACAACGCCGAGCUCAGCAAGACGCUGGGCAAGCUCUGGAGGCUGCUGAAUGAGAGUGACAAGCGCCCCUUCAUCGAGGAGGCUGAGAGGCUCCGUAUGCAGCACAAGAAGGACCACCCGGACUACAAGUACCAGCCCCGGCGGCGGAAGAACGGGAAGGCGGCCCAGGGAGAGUCGGAGUGCCCCAGCGGGGAGGCUGAGCAGGGCGGGGCCGCCGCCAUCCAGGCCCACUACAAGAGUGCCCACCUGGACCACCGGCACCCCGGAGAGGGCUCCCCGAUGUCAGACGGGAACCCUGAGCACUCCUCAGGCCAGAGCCAUGGCCCACCCACCCCUCCAACCACCCCAAAGACAGAGCUGCAGUUGGGCAAGGCCGACCCCAAACGGGACGGGCGCUCCAUGGGGGAGGGCGGGAAGCCCCACAUCGACUUCGGCAACGUGGACAUCGGUGAGAUCAGCCACGAGGUAAUGUCCAACAUGGAGACCUUUGACGUGGCUGAGUUGGACCAGUACCUGCCGCCCAAUGGGCACCCGGGCCACGUGGGCAGCUAUUCGGCAGCUGGCUAUGGGCUAGGCAGCGCCCUGGCUGUGGCCAGUGGACACUCAGCCUGGAUCUCUAAGCCACCAGGUGUGGCUCUGCCCACGGUCUCACCACCCGGUGUGGAUGCCAAAGCCCAGGUGAAGACGGAGACCGCAGGGCCCCAGGGGCCCCCACACUACACCGACCAGCCAUCCACCUCCCAGAUCGCCUACACCUCCCUCAGCCUGCCCCACUACGGCUCCGCCUUCCCCUCCAUCUCCCGCCCCCAGUUUGACUACUCUGACCAUCAGCCCUCAGGACCCUAUUAUGGCCACUCGAGCCAGGCCUCUGGCCUCUACUCGGCCUUCUCCUACAUGGGGCCCUCGCAGCGGCCCCUCUACACAGCCAUCUCUGACCCCAGCCCCUCAGGGCCCCAGUCCCACAGCCCCACACACUGGGAGCAGCCGGUAUAUACGACGCUGUCCCGGCCUUAAAGAGGGCCCUGUCCCACCACUCCUUGCCAGUCCCCUCCUGGGUACCGCACCCCUUCCCCCAGCCUUUGCACCCUGUUCCUUGCCCAUCUCCUCGCCCUUCUGGCGGUGGCUGUGGAGGAGGCUGCAGAGGUUGGCAGCUGAGGGAAGGCUUUCUGUCCGGCUCCCUGUCCUUGAUGACCCCAUCCUAUCCAGGCUCCGGCCCAGGCAAAGCCCUGGGAUGCUCAGCUGGGCAGAGGAGAAGGUUGGUUGCUGCCCCUAGACUGAAAGAUGAGGGCCUGUGACUUCCCCCCAGGAAUGACCCUCAACCCCAAGACCUGAGAAGGACCCGCUUGCCCUCCUCGGGGAAGGGGUCAGAGCAUCCAGGGUAGGAUGGGAGUGGGAGGCCUUGCCACUCCUGGCAUGUGUUUCCUCUCUCAUGGAGAAUGAGGGGUUCUGACACGACUCCAUGCCACUCAUGCCACCAUGCCCAAGAGCUAGACCAGCCAGAGACCGCCAGGCCUAGAGCUGGCUGGCUACCCCUCGGGGGCUGAGGACAGCUUUGAGCAGCCUCAUGGGUGUGGGAGGGUAGAGGGCUCUGUGGGGGUCCUCCUUUCCCCCUCAAUGCCCCCUCCCCUCCUGAACACAGGGAAGAGUUGGCACGGAGGCCCCCAGCCCCAAUUCUGUGCCCAUCGCCUCAUUCUUUGUCUAAUGGGGAGUUCCCCAGUCCUACCCCACCGCUAUUCCACAGCCUCCCAGAGGUUGACGAGGCAGGGACUCCGGGAAAGGAUUCAGACAAUUCACGGAGCCCCCUCCCUGGGCUCCAACUCCCUUCUUCCCUCCCCAGCUCUGUGGCCCCUGCCCUAUUAGUCCCAAAUCCCUGGGCUUCCCAGAGUCACAGCUGCUCAGGCCCAGGCCCUCAGCUCCACCAUGGCAGCAGGCUGAAGACACUAAAAUCCUGACCUGUACGCUCUGCCCUUUUGCCCUUUGCCUCCCAAUGGUAUCUGAAUAAAGUAUGUAGCUAUGUCUGCCCCCAUUUUCCUGUUCUGCAGCCCCCACGAUCCACAUGUAACUCAUUAUUUUUCUCCUCUUAUUUAUCUCAGUAGCCCCCUCUCCUCUCUCCCAGCUACUCCAGCCCCUAUUAACUCUGCACUAAGCAUUCCACAUAAUAAAGUUAAAGAUUCCAUUA